CCCUGCUAUCGCAGUGGAUAAAGCUCUGUGCAAAGCUCGAGCUUUUUUUCAAGUUGGCAAUGGAGGCCGUUCACGUUUCAACGGUUGCUUCCCGCCACUUCGGGGCUGCUUCGCAUUCUCUCGCCGGAAACAGAAGCAUCUGCGGUGCGAAAUGCCCGGGAAAGUCUGCCAGGCUGAGCUCCCCCUGGACCGGUCCCAUCUCUUCGUCUUCGCUCUCUUCCAAGAAUCCCUUCACGAGAGAGAUAUGGGGAUGGGUGAAUGCGAAGAGUGUCACUGUUAGAAGAGAUAAGCGCGGUGUUGUGCGGGCUGAGAUGUUUGGACAGCUGACUAGCGGCCUAGAAUCAGCUUGGAACAAGCUCAAAGGAGAAGAAACUCUGACCAAGGAAAACAUUGCGGAGCCUAUGCAAGACAUAAGGCGAGCCCUUUUAGAAGCAGAUGUAAGUCUUCCGGUCGUGAGGAGAUUUGUGCAAUCAGUCAGCGAACAAGCUGUUGGUGUUGGCGUUAUUCGUGGAGUCAAACCAGAUCAGCAGUUGGUGAAGACAGUACAUGAUGAGCUUGUCAAAUUGAUGGGUGGAGAGGUCUCUGAGCUGGUAUUUGCAAAAUCUGGUCCUACAGUCAUUUUAUUGGCUGGUUUGCAAGGAGUGGGGAAGACAACUGUUUGUGCGAAGUUGGCCUUUUAUCUGAAGAAACUGGGAAAGAGCUGUAUGCUUGUCGCUGGAGAUGUAUAUAGACCUGCUGCUAUAGAUCAGCUUUCUAUUUUGGGAGAGCAGGUUGGGGUGCCAGUUUAUACGGCAGGGACUGAUGUUAAACCUGCAGAAAUUGCCAAGCAAGGUCUGGAAGAGGCCAAAAGAAAGAAUAUAGAUGUAGUCGUAGUGGACACUGCUGGUAGACUUCAGAUAGACAAAGCAAUGAUGGAUGAGUUGAAGGAAGUAAAGCGAGCUAUAAACCCAACUGAAGUGUUGCUUGUGGUUGAUGCUAUGACUGGCCAAGAAGCUGCAGCUCUUGUCACCACAUUCAAUCUGGAGAUAGGGAUUACAGGUGCUAUAGUAACAAAGUUAGAUGGAGAUUCUAGAGGCGGCGCAGCUUUGAGUGUUCAAGAGGUAUCUGGAAAACCAAUUAAAUUAGUAGGACGAGGAGAGCGUCUUGAAGACCUUGAACCUUUCUACCCUGAUCGCAUGGCUGGGCGUAUAUUAGGAAUGGGAGAUGUUCUAUCAUUUGUGGAGAAGGCUCAGGAAGUCAUGCGUCAAGAAGAUGCCGAAGAAUUGCAAAAGAAGAUAAUGAGUGCAAAGUUUGACUUCAAUGAUUUCCUAAAACAAACACGCGCUGUUGCCCGUAUGGGGUCGGUGAGCCGAGUUAUUGGGAUGAUACCUGGCAUGGGGAAGGUUACUCCAGCACAAAUUCGAGAAGCAGAGAAAAGUCUGAAAGUUAUGGAGGCAAUCAUCGAAGCAAUGACCCCUGAGGAAAGGGAGAAGCCAGAGCUGCUGGCUGAAUCUCCCGCUAAGAGGAAAAGAAUUGCACAAGAUUCUGGGAAAACGGAACAGCAGGUGAGUCAACUUGUUGCCCAACUCUUCCAAAUGCGGGUUCGAAUGAAGAAUCUAAUGGGAAUGAUGGAAGGAGGAUCGAUUCCUGCAUUGAGCAAUCUCGAGGACGAACUUAAAACUGAACAAAAGGCUCCUCCCGGUACAGCAAGGAGGAAGAGACGAUCGGAAUCUAGGAGGCAGUUUGCAGACUCAGCCUCAACCAGGCCAAGUCCUCGUGGGUUUGGUGCUAGAAAUUGACUGCCCAAAAAUUCCACCAUGCUUUCAUCUGAAAGUGUUGAUGAAUUUUGGUGGAGGGAAAAAGGCGAUUUCCAAUUAUAGAGAGUGAAAACUGGAAACCUCUUUUCCUUUUAAAUCUUAAGUGGAUUUUUUUGGUAAUGCUUUCCGUAGAAGAAUUAUGUGUAUUAAAAAGAUUAUUCAAUGAAAGUAGACAAUCAAUGAAGAAAGAUAUUUCAUUAAAUGAUGAAAAUAUGUAACAUAAUGGAAUUGCAACUCAAUGAGAUAGAAAUAAACAAUUCAAAUCAAAAUUAUAGAGGAUGGUUUACUCUG